AUGGCUGACACCUUUGGAGACGGUUUGUUCAGCGUGUUUGACGAUGAACAACAAAAUACCACAAAUAAAAAAGUACCGUCGAGCGUGGCGGCAGAACCGGGGAAAGCUGCAGCCAAAAAUGAAACAGACAGAGAUGUCGGUCCGUCUGCCCGAGCCAAGAGAGAGGCAGACAGUGAUGGUGGAGAGGAGGUGGUGUUUGUGAAGAAACCUCGACAUGAGGCAGUUUCGGCGAAUGAACUAAAUCUUGCAGAAUUUAUGCCUCAGGUGAAGGUGGAGCAGGUGGAAACAGUGGAAGGAUGUUCACAUGAGGUUGCUCUUCCUGCCAGUGAGGAAUAUAAACCUCUGAAACCACGAGUGGGAAAAGCAGCCAAGGAGUAUCCUUUCAUUCUCGAUCCCUUCCAGCGGGAGGCCAUAUUAUGUAUUGACAACAACCAGUCUGUGCUUGUGUCUGCACACACCUCUGCAGGGAAGACUGUUUGUGCUGAAUAUGCCAUUGCGCUGGCUCUCAGGGAGAAGCAGAGAGUGAUCUUCACCAGCCCCAUCAAGGCUCUCUCCAACCAGAAGUACAGAGAGAUGUACGAAGAGUUUCAAGAUGUAGGACUGAUGACAGGUGACGUCACCAUCAACCCCACUGCCUCUUGCCUCGUCAUGACAACAGAGAUUCUGAGGAGCAUGCUGUACCGAGGCUCUGAGAUCAUGAGGGAAGUGGCGUGGGUCAUCUUCGAUGAGAUCCAUUACAUGAGAGACACGGAGCGUGGCGUGGUUUGGGAGGAGACCAUCAUUCUUCUUCCCGAUAAUGUGCAUUAUGUUUUCCUGUCAGCCACCAUCCCCAAUGCCAAACAGUUUGCUGAGUGGAUUUGUCACUUACACAAGCAGCCAUGCCAUGUGGUCUACACAGACUACCGCCCCACUCCACUGCAACACUAUAUCUUUCCAGCAGGGGGUGAUGGACUCCACCUGGUUGUUGAUGAAAAUGGAGAAUUCAGAGAGGACAAUUUCAACACAGCUAUGCAGGUGCUGAGAGAUGCUGGGGAUUCUGGGGGCAGCAGCGGAGGUGCCAAGUGGGAUCCAAAAGGAAGGAAAGGAGGCACUAAAGGCCCAUCAAGCGUGUUCAAGAUAGUGAAGAUGAUCAUGGAGAGGAACUUCCAGCCAGUGAUUAUUUUCAGCUUCAGUAAGAAAGAGUGUGAGGCCUACGCUCUGCAGGUGGCUAAACUGGACUUUAACAGAGAUGAUGAGAAACGUCUGGUGGAGGAAGUUUUCAACAAUGCAGUGGACUGUCUAUCAGAUGAGGACAAGAAACUGCCUCAGGUCGAGCAUGUGCUGCCACUGUUAAAGAGGGGGAUAGGGAUCCAUCAUGGAGGCCUACUGCCCAUCCUGAAAGAGACCAUAGAGAUCCUCUUUUCUGAAGGCCUCCUCAAGGCCUUGUUUGCCACAGAGACAUUCGCCAUGGGCAUCAACAUGCCAGCUCGUACUGUGCUCUUCACCAGUGCACGCAAGUUUGAUGGCAAGAAUCACCGCUUUAUAACAUCAGGUGAGUAUAUCCAGAUGUCUGGGCGUGCUGGGAGGAGAGGAAUGGACGACAGAGGGAUUGUUAUUUUCAUGGUGGAUGAGAAGAUGAGCCCAGCUGUGGGUAAACAGCUACUCAAGGGCUCUGCAGAUCCUUUGAACAGUGCCUUCCACUUAACCUACAACAUGGUGCUCAACCUGCUGCGUGUGGAGGAGAUCAACCCAGAGUACAUGCUGGAGAAGUCUUUCUACCAGUUCCAACACUACAGGGCUUUGCCUGGUGUAGUGGAGAAAAUUAAGAAGUUGGAGGAGCAGUACCACACCAUUGAGAUUCCCAAUGAAGAGAGUGUGGUCACUUACUUUAAAAUCAGACAGCAGCUGGCCAAACUGAGUAAAGAAAUCCAGGAGUUCAUCCACAAACCCAAAUACUGCUUGCCCUUCUUACAGCCUGGACGACUUGUCAAGGUAAAAAAUGAGGAUGCUGACUUUGGCUGGGGAGUGGUUGUAAACUUUUGCAAGAAGACUAAUGUUAAGACGACUACAGACUCAGAGCCGCUGUAUGUCGUGGAGGUUUUGGUCCACUGUAGUAAGGACAGUGUGAAAGAUGCUGCAACUGAAGCUGCUAAACCUGCCGCUCCUGGGGAGACUGGAGAGAUGCAGGUGGUUCCAGUGAUGCUCCAUCUCCUCACUUCUGUCAGCUCAGUUCGUCUUUACAUCCCCAAAGACCUGAGACCCUAUGACAACAGACAGCUCAUGCUCAAGUCCAUACAGGAGGUGCAGAAACGUUUCCCAGAUGGUGUUCCUCUGCUUGACCCCAUAGAUGACAUGGGCAUCAAAGACCCUGCAUUAAAGAAAGUUAUUCAGAAGAUUGAGGCCUUUGAGCACCGCAUGUACACCCAUCCCCUGCACAGUGACCCCAACUUGGAAUCUGUCUAUUCUCUCUGUGAGAAGAAAGCUCUGAUCGCAGCAGAUGUUCGAACAGCCAAGCGAGACCUCAAAAAAGCUCGAACCAUCUUGCAGAUGGACCAGCUGAAGUGCAGAAAGAGAGUUCUUCGAAGACUUGGCUUUGCCAGUCCCUCUGACGUCAUUGAGAUGAAAGGGCGGGUCGCCUGUGAAAUUAGCAGUGCUGACGAGCUCCUGCUGACUGAGAUGAUGUUCAACGGUCUCUUCAAUGAUCUGACAGUUGAGCAAGCCACGGCCCUGCUGUCCUGCUUUGUCUUCCAGGAAAACGCCAGCGAGAUGCCAAAACUAACUGAACAGCUCGCUGCACCGCUGAGACAGAUGCAGGAAUGUGCAAAGCGCAUCGCCAAAGUGUCAGCAGACGCCAAGCUGGAGGUGGACGAAGAGAGCUAUCUGAACCAAUUUAAACCCCACCUAAUGGACGUGGUUUAUGCCUGGGCCAACGGGGCCACGUUUGCUCAAAUCUGCAAAAUGACCGACGUCUUUGAAGGGAGCAUCAUCCGUUGCAUGCGUCGUCUGGAGGAGGUCCUGAGACAAAUGUGUUCUGCAUCUAAAGCCAUCGGCAACACAGAGCUGGAGAAUAAGUUUGCUGAAGGAAUAACAAAGAUCAAGAGAGACAUCGUCUUUGCUGCCAGUCUCUACUUAUAGUGUCUUUUAGUGAACCCUGCUCUUUUGUGGUUGUUUGUUUAAAGAGUCACACAGGUAGGAACUCUGUGACGUUCAUUCCUGAACUCGGUUGGGUUUCAGGGAUUUUCCUUUGCUCACAAUGGACUUAAAGAUGGUGACUUAACAGUGAGCUGGUCCAAAUAGCUUAAAGGCAAUGUGUCUGUCACUCUUUCACUAUAGAAGCCAUGUGCUUUGUUAUUCACCCUUUUUAAAAAAAAUGUGUAAUGCCUUAGUGAACUUAAAUUGGUUAUUAUUCCAUUGGCUCCAGCUGAAAGCUCUUUGGGAAUGCUAACCGUGCAAUCACAGCAACUUAAACACUUUCAUCCUGCUGAGGUUUCCCAAUCGUUGUCCUCACUGUGCGCAUCAUAUAUGGUCUGUUUUCACAGUUCAUUGAAUAUGCAUGUUUUGUUUUUGCUUAAAUGGCAAAAACGUGCAUAAUUAGACUGAUAAUUAUUUUGUGCUUUGAUCUGAGGAGAGCUCAUGACAUAAUACAUCAAAUACGUUACACCUGUGUCGAUGUUAAUAACCCACUUUAUUUUUCCGUAUUUUUACAUGUGUGUACAUAUUUGACAAUUUUCAAUAAACGUCUGUAUUUGUUUACAUACAGAUUAUAUAUAAAAAGCAA